CCGCCCUCGGUUGGCUCAAGUCGGGCAGAGGGCCACGGCCUGGCGAGAGACUUCCUCCGGAGCAAACCGCCAACCCUCCCUCGCAGUCCCCGGGGGUCCCAGCCCGCUGUAGCCGGCUCCACCCCGUCCCCGCGGGAGUGCUCGCCGCAGGCCAGUGGCAGCGACGCCUCCCCGGUUGGGACUUGGACAUAUGGUGCGGGUUUCAGUGUUAUCUCCUGAAGGGCAGGUGGUUUGGUGCGUGCCUGCUUGGGUGAGCGACUUCGCCCUUCUCACCGUGUUGUGAUUUUCACAGCUGCUGCUCUCGCCUGUGCGCAUGACUCGGUAGCCCGCUGCUCUCUGCAUCCCAGUGGUGCGUGGUGGAAGCCUCUUUGGGGACUCAGAUGGAGGAGCCAAUGGCGUUUUCUCCCCUGCGUGGCUGUGACAGGUGUCCGGCUGAUGACUCUUUAAAAAAAUAUGAGCAGAGUGUUAAACUUUCAGGUAUUAAAAGAGAUAUUGAGGAGCUUUGUGAAGCCGUACCACAGCUUGUCAGUGUGUUCAAAAUUAAGGACAAAAUCGGAGAAGGCACCUUCAGCUCUGUUUAUUUGGCCACAGCGCAGCUGCAAGAAGGACGUGAAGAGAAGAUUGCGCUGAAACACUUAAUUCCCACAAGCCAUCCUGUGAGGAUUGCGGCCGAGCUUCAGUGUCUGACAGUCGCGGGGGGGCAGGACAAUGUCAUGGGAGUGAAGUACUGCUUCAGGAAGAACGACCAUGUGGUGAUUGCUAUGCCCUACCUGGAACAUGAGUCUUUUCUGGACAUUUUGAAUUCUCUUUCCUUUCAAGAAGUUCGAGAAUAUAUGUUCAACCUUUUCGUAGCUCUGAAGCGGAUUCACCAGUUUGGCAUUGUUCACCGUGACGUGAAGCCCAGUAACUUUUUAUACAAUAGACGCCUGAAAAAGUAUGCCUUGGUGGACUUCGGUUUGGCCCAAGGAACCCGUGACACAAAGAUAGAGCUGCUCAAGUUUGUCCAGUCUGAAGCUCAGCAGGAAGAUUGUUCACGAAACAAAUGUCAUGGAGUCAUUGGACACAAGGGCCCACUGAGUCGCCCAGCACCUAAAAAUGUGGAUCAGCACAUCACCGCAAAAACUUCUGUCAAAAGAUCCUAUGCAAACGCACAGAUUCACAUUAAGCAAGGAAAAGACGGAAAGGAGGGGUCUGUAGGCCUUUCUGUCCAGCGCUCUGUUUUUGGAGAAAGAAAUUUCAAUAUACACAGCUCCAUUUCACAUGAGAGCCCUGCAGAGAAACUCAUCAAGCAAUCGAAGACUGUGGACAUAAUGUCAAGAAAGCUAGCAACAAAAAAGAUGGCCGUUUCUACAAAGGCUGUGAAUAGCUCGAUGAGGGACUCUGCCAGGUCCUGCCCAGCUGCCCUCACGUGCGACUGCUAUGGAACAGAUAGAGUGUGCAGCGUUUGCCUGUCGAGGCGGCAGCAGGUUGCCCCUAGGGCAGGCACACCAGGAUUCAGAGCGCCAGAGGUCCUGACAAAGUGUCCUGACCAGACUACAGCGAUUGACAUGUGGUCUGCAGGUGUCAUAUUCCUUUCCUUGCUCAGUGGGCGGUACCCGUUUUACAAGGCCAGCGAUGACUUAACUGCUUUGGCCCAAAUCAUGACAAUUCGAGGAUCCAGGGAAACUAUCCAGGCUGCUAAAGCUUUUGGCAAAUCAAUUUUGUGUAGCAAAGAAGUCCCAGCACAAGACUUGAGGACGCUCUGUGAGAGACUACGGGGUCUGGACUCUACCAAUCCCAAGUCUGCUGUUGAUCCUCCAGGGAAUACUUGCCACGACCCUGCUGCUUCAGAGAGCACUGACCAUAAAGUGCCCCAUGCACCGGCUUCUCCAGCACAGCACUCAGAGGAUUCCCUGUAUAAAAGGGGCAGCGGCGGCUGUCGGAGACAUCCCAGAGACCGAACUGCCAACCCAGAGGGCUGGGACUCGGUACCUGAUGAAGCCUAUGACCUGCUUGAUAAACUUCUGGAUCUAAACCCAGCCUCCAGGAUAACAGCAGAAGCGGCCUUGGUCCAUCCGUUCUUUAAAGAUGUGUGCUGAUGUGGCUUUCCACUCACUGUUGUCGCCGUGCGGUGUGAUGUGGGGUAGAUAACCAUGGGUUGUUUGUGUCCGAGUCCAGGGUAGAAAGAGUAAGUUGUCAGAUUGUAAACAGAUUAAGAAUUCUGAAGAUCCUGGGGGAUCCUUAGCAAGAUCUUGGAGUGAAACCACCAAGUUGACUCAGUGGCUUAGUGUCCUGGUUUUCCCUGCCUCAGGAGUAACCCACUUAGCCUGAUAUAGGGGUCCAGGUCAGACAGCUAAUAAUGCGACAGGGAGAAGUGAGUGAAAACAGUUUCCAAGGCAGUGUGUGCUCUACACCGUGUGCACGUGGGAAUUGGCUGUUGGUGGCGGACAGGUGCACAAGUGAACAAUUAUUGCAGAAAUGUUUGUCACUGCCUAACAUAGUCAUUGUAAAUUACACGGUGCUUAUUACAGAGUUUCUGGGUGCUUCA